AGUGGAAACCAGCUCCAAAAUCUCUAUCCAAACCACCCAUAUAUAUCUUCACAUAUAUGAAAAACAUUAUUUUAUUGUAUAACUUCAUCAACGAUCCCUUCUGCCAUAUAGUUAUUCGGUUUUCAACAAAAAAUAUAUCUUACAAGUAGUGUUCAAUUCAAUUUAACGACUUAUUCUUUAACCAAUCGGCGCAGCGGUUCAGAAUAAAAAAGAAAAAGUUAGCGAAAUGUCAAAGCUGACACUGGACGGCUUUUUUUCGUACUGCAAACAAAUAGCGGAACACAUCCAGUUGGGCGAGAGGAUGUCUUCUCUGUCAGGAAUGGGCACCCCCAAGCUGACGUCAGGUGUCGGCAACCUGUAUUACGACUCUAUCCUGCCGUACCGCGAGGACUCGAACCCCCAGACCCGGGAGUUCCUGGCUCGGGUUGUUGACGUUCUGCUCGACUUCAUACAGCAGGUCAACGAUAGGAAUGAAAAGAUCUUGGAGUUCAAGAUGCCGGAGGAAAUGCAGAAGAUGCUCGAUCUCAACCUCCCCGAAGAUCCCCUGCCGCUCAAGCAGCUUCUCGAGGACUGCAAGACUACCCUCAAGCACCAGGUCAAGACCGGUCACCCGCACUUCUUCAACCAGCUUUCGUGCGGUCUGGACAUCAUCUCGCUGGCCGGUGAGUGGCUGACAGCCGCGGCCAACACCAACAUGUUCACCUACGAGAUCGCACCUGUCUUCAUCCUCAUGGAGAACGUGGUGCUGCAGAAGAUGAGGGAUAUGAUCGGCUGGAAGACCGGUGACUCCAUCCUUGCACCAGGUGGAUCUGUCUCCAACCUGUAUGCGUUCCUGGCGGCCCGUCACCACAAGUUCCCGCAGUACAAGGAGAAGGGGCUCACCAGCAUCCCCGGACAUCUCGUGAUGUUCACCUCCGAUCAGUGCCACUACUCGGUGAAGUCGUGUGCGUCAGUGGGCGGCCUCGGGACGGACUACUGCAUCGCCGUGCCGUCGGACGAGCGCGGCCGAAUGAUCACGAGCGAACUGGAGCGGCUCGUGCGUUACCACCGCGACAGAGGCAACGUUCCGUUCUUCGUGAAUGCCACCUCCGGAACGACGGUGCUGGGAGCCUUCGACCCUCUGAUGGAGAUAGCUGACAUUUGCCAGAAAUACGACAUGUGGAUGCAUGUUGAUGCUGCGUGGGGCGGAGGCCUGCUGUUCUCCAAGAAGUACCGUCAUCCCAGGCUCACUGGUAUUGAGAGAGCCGACUCGGUGACGUGGAACCCUCACAAGUUGAUGGGGACACUGUUGCAGUGUUCUACGGUGCACUUCAAGUACGAGGGGAUACUUCUGAGCUGCAACGCGAUGUCGGCAGAGUAUCUGUUCAUGACGGACAAGAUCUACGACCCGCGCUUCGACACUGGGGAUAAGGUGAUCCAGUGCGGCCGACACAACGACAUCUUUAAGCUGUGGCUCCAAUGGCGCGGGAAGGGUACAUCUGGCUUCGAGCGUCUGAUGGAUCGCCUGAUGGAGCUGUCGGAGUACAUGGUCCGCCGGAUCAAGGAGCAGAGCGACAAGUUCCAUCUCAUCUUGGAACCCGAGAUGGUGAACGUCAGUUUCUGGUACCUGCCGAAGCAGCUACGUGGUCUGCCACACGAUUCAAACAAGGAAAUCAAGCUUGGAAAGGUAUGCGCCAAGCUGAAGGGUCGCAUGAUGCAGGCCGGCACCAUCAUGGUGGGCUACCAGCCCGACGACCGCCGCCCCAACUUCUUCAGGAACAUCAUCUCGUCGGCCGCCGUCACCGAGAAGGAUGUGGACUUUCUUCUCUCAGAGAUGGACCGCCUGGGCCACGAUAUUGUUGUUGAUUAAUGUGUUUGUUUGCGUUUUAGGGUGAGUGUGUGUGUGUGAUUGAGCCAAUUUCAAUUCUUUUUUUUAUCUAGCAUUGGCUAGUUACGAAUACAUACAUAAUGCAUACGAAUUAAUUAUUGAAUUAAUUCGAUUAUCGGUUAAUAAGUUGCUGUUUUCCAGACUCUUUAGUACUUGAGCCUUCAGGACUAACAUUUUAAGACAAUAAAUAUGAUAUCUAGAUGCUAACAGUUUUGAAUUGAGACUUAGCAGAGAUAACUCGUCAUUAAAUAUUACUUUGUACUGAAAUUAUUUAUUUUUGAGUGAAUGUGAGUCACGAAUGUGAGAGGUUACGAAUAUUAUAAUGUAUGGCAUUAUAUGCAUAUCUAUCUAGUAGGAGCGUAGAUUUCUCAACGCAACGAUUAUCGAUGUCUUCCGUAUUUAAUGUGAUUAUUAAGUGUUAAAAUCAAACCGUCUAUACGUUUAUCGAUAAAAUCGUGUGUACAUCACUAUUUGUUAUAUUGACAAUGAAAAUGUGUAAAAUCGCGCGAGAGAUGGCGCUUAAUACUAUGUAAAUCUUUGAAAUCUGUUGCCACAUAAAAAAUAGAUCUUUAGUAAUUCAUAAGAUGUUUAAUUAACAUGUACCUAAUGCUAAUAAAAUUAAUAGUUUCUGUAGUCUUGCUUUAACAAUAUUAAUGCUAUUUUUCAAACAUAUAACGAGUAGGUACUAAUUGUUGUUUAUGGUUUAUUGCUCAAAGCCUUUAUUUUAGUAUUUAAAUUAAGAGAAUGUUUAGAUAUUUACCUUUUAUAAAAUAUGUACGCUAUACAUACUUACAUUAUAUUAUAUUUACCAAAUGUAUUCUUUUGACCUCUAAGGUCUUAUUUAGGGUACCUAUUCAAAUUACCUAGUAUUUGUAAAAUAUAAAAUUAAACUUCUUUAUUCCAAAUUUUUUGAGUCUAUGAUAAUAUAUACCUAUUGUUACUGUUAUUAUUUUCUAGUACCUAUGGCAAAUAAUAGUUUGAAAUCUACUUAUAUAUUUUUAUUAUAAGAUGUUUGAAUAUACUAUAAAUAUUUUAGGAAAACUGUGUAAUAAAUAUAAGCUAGUGGUAGAGUAUCGGUAAAUUAAGUUAUCGAUAAAACAUAUCUCCCGUUUUGCCAAUUAAAUAUUAUGUGUCGGGUAGAACUCAAUUUUGUAGAUACGUAUAUUUUUUAAUUUAUAUAGGUUACAAUAUUUAUUAUGACGUAGCCAAUUUAGUUGGUAUCUUGAAAGUUUGAUGCCUUCUUUAAUUAUCAAACUUAAAAAGGCGGAAAUCAACUUAAUAAUUGAUUAAACCCCACUGCAGAUAUAUUUCAUUAGAUUAUAAUAUUGAGAAUAGGAGAAUACAGUACUUAUAGUUAGGCAUUACUAAAAUUAGACUACGUUUUUGUUAUAUUUAAAUUCCAUAGUUUUUGUUUCGAGUUAUUACAUAGUUACCUACUGGUAUUAUAUCGUUAUAUUGUGUGAACUUAUAUUAGUUUUAUUAUUCAUUGUAGGAUUGAAUAAUAAAAGUAAGAAAUUGUAAAUAAAAUGCUACGUGACGACGACAAUAAGUAACAUAGGGAACCUAGUGAAUAUAUUAUAUAACCGCCAACUUGUGGUGUUAGCUACAAAUUUCAUAGGUUUAAAUUUGAAGUAUAGGUUAGUUAUUAUGGAAAAGGCUCUUCGGUUGAUAGAUGAAUGGAAUUGAUCAAGUUUGCGAUGUUAAAAUUGUGUAAAAUAUAUUAUAAUCUCCCUAUUUAUUGAUGUAUUAAAGAUAAGAACUUAUUAAUUUUAAUUUAACGCUUUGUUAUUUGAAAUGAAUAGUGUUCGGGAGGAUUGUAUAACGGAGUUUAAUAAACUUUCGAUCGAUGAAUAGCGCAAAAAUUUAAUAUUUUUAAUGUCAAUAUAACAUGUGAUGUAACAAUCUAAGUCUUCCUAGAAUGAGAUUAUAUUUUGAAUGUUCAAAUAUUUAAUGUGAAAUUAGAAUUUACUAUAAAUUGUUGAUGUAGCCACUGCACAGACACACAGUUUCUUAUUUGUCUAGGUACAAUACUCUGUUUUGCCCUAAAUUUUUAAUCUGCACUGCACGAUUUUUUUUUAAUUUUAAUUAUGUACACUUUUUGGAAAUCUCCGGUGGCAACACGUUCAAUCUUCGAAUAUAAGGUACUUCUUACCUAUAAAAUAUUAUUGUUUUUCCCUUACAAACAAUAACCACAAUAUGACCCCUGAUGUAAUCAUAUUAUGUCUACGCUUAUUGUUUACAAUACGUUUUAAAUAGGUAUGUAGAGAUAGCCUGAAGUGGUCUCACUCAUAGUGUCACUGUCAGCUAUUUUUAUUGACAGUGACACUUGCAGGCAGCGUGUGUGUCUGUGCCGUGCUGUAGCUGAUAGUGUCUGCUGUAUUUGUUCUUGUCGUGAAACAUAUUAUAUUAGAUAACUGUUGCUAUGUGUUUACUGUAUAAUCAAUAAAUUGCGAACUGUUUCA